GAUAGACAUCACGUCGAGCCUUGAGUGCCCGCGGCGCGAACGUUGAACUGACACUGAUUUGUCGCGGUGUGUCGGUCUGUUUGUUAGACCCACCCGAAGAAAAGAGAAAGAGAAAAGGUACAUACUUGCAUAACAUGCGAAUAGGGCAAUUUGAAAAGGAGAGUGUGCGAGACGGACGGAGAAGGCGGUGCGUGGUUUUGGACGAAGAACGUUAGAUGCUGGAGACUGGAAAUGAAGUCCGGAUGUAGUGGAUCGGCUGAGUUGGAAUGAAAAAUAAGAGAAGAAAUGAAUUUGUCAUUUCUACUAAUGGAUAUGCAAUAUGGAAGAGACAUGCCUGGAUUUACAGACAUUUUCUGUAAAGACAAGUAGUUUCAGAAAAGAACUGUAAUAAUAGGAAAGGGGACAAUUCUGUACUAUGUAGUGACAUCCUUUUCGUAUAUGCCAUGGAGAAGUAUUUGGAUAUAAAGGAAGAGGAUGUUGAAGGAGAGUCUGUGCACCAAAAGCAAGAGAGUCUAGACAUUAAGGAGGAGCUGAGUGACUGGUGGCCAAUAGACAUCAAAGAAGAAUUGGGGUCAACGUGUCAUAGCGGUGGUAUACACAAGUAUGACAUUUUACACUUUAUUAAAGAAGACCUUAAAUCAGAGUCUGCCUCUCCGUAUGAGUGUUCAGAUGAAGCAAUGCCUGGAAUAGACUUCACUCCUGGUAGGGACAUCGCACCACAGAAUCAUUCUGUCCAUGUGAAGUCUGAAGUGAAAAGGACUGACCGAGAAUACUGUUCAAGUUAUUCUGGGAAAGAUUUACAAGAGAGUGGCCACUUAUCCCUGCUUUCAGUUUCCCCAGCCUGUGCUAAAUUAAGGCCACAACAGACUCCACACAAUGAAAACAUGAGGAAACCACCAUCUGAAACAGAGACUUCAAAACCGCACAUUUUUCAGUGUGGUCCUCUGCCUUUUGGCAAACCAACAAGGAUAGAUACGAUCAACCGUCAAAAACAGAUUCAGAAUACAAAUGUGGUCACUUUAAAUGUCUGCCCAGAGGAGGGGACAGUUUUUAAAGGCAUAUCUAAAUACAAAAAUAACUGGAGUCAUAUGAUACAGAAGCCAUAUCGGUGUUCAGAAUGUGGUUCUCAGUUCAUAAGAAAGAGUUGUCUUCAGAGGCACACAAUGAUUCACACUGGAGAGAAGCCAUUUUCUUGUCCUGACUGUGGCAAACGAUUUUUAAGAAUGAGUAAUCUUCAGAGGCACAAAAUGAGUCAUACUGGAGAAAAGCCAUAUUUCUGUUCUGCCUGUGGCAAGCGAUUUGCAUCAAGUAGCAGUAUCCAGAAUCACACAAGAAUUCACUCUGGAGAAAGGCCAUUUUGCUGUUCUCACUGUGGCAAACGAUUCCUACGGAUGCACUGUCUUCAGAGGCACACAAGAAUUCACACUGGAGAGAGGCCAUAUUCCUGUUCUGUCUGUGGCAAACAGUUUAUAAGCAAUACUUGUCUUCAGAAACACACAAGAACUCACACUGGAGAAAAGCCAUAUUACUGUUCUGAUUGUGGCAAACUUUUUAAAACCAGUGACAGUCUUCAGACCCACAAAAGAAUUCACAGUGAAGAAAAGCCUUAUUGCUGUUUUGAAUGUGGUAAACAAUUCUCACGAAUGAGCAGUCUUCAGUGCCACAGAAGAAUUCAUACUGGAGAAAUGCCAUAUUCCUGUUCAGAUUGUGGCAAACUAUUUAAAACUAGUGGGUCUCUUCAGACCCACAAAAGAAUUCACACUGGAGAAAAGCCGUUUGGCUGUUCUAAAUGUGGCAGAGAAUUCUCACGAAAUGGGAGUCUUCAGCGCCACGCAAAAAUUCACAUUGGAGAGAACAACAAUUAACAGGCGAUAAUUGUGCAGUAAAACUUAUCACUCAUAAAAGUAACAACAUAAAAUAAAGUCAAAGUAAGGAUGAUACAAUAAAAAUAUGCUCCACACUUGAUGUAAUAAACUGAAAAAGAAAUAAAGCUCUGGUAUAGGGAGGAUAUUUAUUAAAGCCUGCAUGGAAGCAGGGUCAUCAUGAUAACAACAUUUCAAACUUUAGUACCAUAUUAAGAUAAGUAUUGAAAUUCAGUACUAUUUUUGAUGCCCAAUACAGUAUAUUAUGUAACUCAAUUAAAAACAUGUAUUUACAUAAACUGCAAUUCUGUAUGCAUUUACAUCUUUACAUUUAUUAAGUUAAUAAUAUAAAUUUGUAGUCAUUAAAUGCAAAUACUUCAAGCAGUGCAAUUUUUUGUAAAAGGUAAGAGUAAAGUUCUGUAAACAAUACAAAGGAGUUUAAACCCAUUCAGCAGUUUUUCACAUUGAUGAAAACAAAUACUGUUACAGAGGUAAUACAGUGAAAUGUUACAAAUGUCAUCAAAUGUUAAUUGAAUAAGUAUUUCAAUCUUUUGUAAACAGUAUAUGUAAAAAAAUUUAAAACAGACACUACAUAAACCUUCAAGUAUAAAAAAACAUCAAUGUGGUCUUCUGCAAACAGUUGCUCUGAAAAGUAACACACAAACAGACCACUAACUCACUUAGAGCUUGGCAUAAGUGCAAACAGAGCACAUUGCGUUUUUGUGUAAAUAAACUACACUGUCUUUGCAACUUCCAAAGUUUUUGCAAGAAAGACUGGCAUGUUAACAUGCUCUUCUGUGAGGCCUCUGCAUGCUUUUGAGUCUUGACAAACUAAAUACAACCACUGAAACACAGCUGGAAGUAUAUGAGCAAACAGAGGAGUAGCACUACAGUUUAUGCAAUUGACCGCUGAAAAGUUACAGCGCCUUGCAUUAUAUUUAAAAUGUGAUGAAAUAUCAUUUUAAAAUUGCAUGUAAUAAAAGAAAGUAUCUAUCUAGCCAGCAGCCGUAUCACAUGCACUUCAGAACAGGUCAUCCACCUGAUGCUAAGCUUGUUCAGACCUAGUGAGUACUUGGAUGGAUCGCCAAGCAGGAAAAGCUUGGAGCUGCUGGAAGGGGUGUUGGUGAGGCCAGCAGGGGGUGCUUACCUUGUGGUGUAAAAAUGACACCAUCCUUCAGAUGAGACCUAAAACCAAGGUCCUGACUGUCUGUGGUCAUUAAAGAUCCCUGGACAUCCUUCGUAGAGUGCAUCCCGAUGUCCUGGCAAAAUUGCCCAGCGUGGCCUAGUCAUUCUGAUCCCCCCAAUCAUCCCCUGUCUGUAAUUGGCUGACUGUCUCUCACCACUUGACGACCUAAAUAGCUCAUGUGUGGUUUACUUAUUGGUGCUGUCACAACAUCCAGGUGGAUGCUGCACAUUAUUAGUGGUCGAAGUGGCUCCCCACUCACAAUGUAAAGCGCUAGAUUAUAAAUAAUAAUUCUUUACGUUUAUAUAUCUAUUUUUUGGCACAUGCUCCAAAAAAGGUGUAGUACAGCAGUAGCUGCUGCCAAAGAAAGGGAGAAUAUAUGGAGAAAUAUUGCUGACAAAAUGAAUAUGUAAGACAGUUAAUCAGUAAGUCUGUUCAAAUGUUGUGUAGAAUGACAAUGAUGUUGUUACCUUGAAAUAAUAUACCUGCUCAAAUAAGCAUCACAUUCCAUUUUUGCAAAAUAAAUGCAAUUAAAAA